GUCUCUGUUAUACUGCUUCACGAGACUCUUUGCACGGUGAUAUCCAUGUUCGUUGGUCUAUUCCUCUUUUUUUACUUUUGUAAUAUGUUGCAUGCGUACUUGGAGAUUUCAUAUUGCUUUUUUCGAUCAAAGUUAUAGUUGCAAACGCGCACAUGUAUCUCUCCUAUGUACGCGCUGAGGCUUCGGGAAUAUCCCUGGUGUUACGGUAUUCUUCAACUGCAUGCAUGAUGUGCUAUCCAUGAGCUCAGACCAGGAACAAAAAUAAUGUGCGCGAGGACAGCGAAAACGUUUACGUUCAUCGAAGGCGCUGACGACGGGACCUGGUCAGGGACAGCUUUCCAGGCUUUCAUCACUGGACCUGGCUACUUCACCCACUCUAAGACUUCCCUUGUCUUAUCCACCUUCCCACUCUUUUUCCACGCUCUUUUGUUAUUUGGCUUCGUUGUUAUCCUCGGGGACCUUCAUCUUUACCAAUUCACGAAGGCCGCUUUCCCAAAGCUCAUCGCUCAUCAGUCGGUGUUGUUGCUUAAGUGCAGUAAUUUGCCGAAGUUCUUUGAAGCUCCCAGGCACUACGUCAACGCAGAAGACUCUGAGCAGGAUUGUCUAAAGCGUGGUGGUCCAAGGCCAACGCUGAUUUUUGCGAUCCAGGGUAGUGUGAUAUGCCACUUCCUUGCGGUGCAUCAGUACAUCACCAUCUUGACGUAUUUGACACAGUGCGUCGUGGUAUUCUUUCAUUUGCUCUUUGUCGUUGUCACUCAUGUCUUCCAAGACAUGUCAGAAUCUCAAGAUGUCCAAGAUGAACUGAAUCGAAAAUCACUAUUUCACAGAUCUCGCCCUUCACUUACGACCAAUGCCUCCGGACUCACUUUCAAUACUGUAACAACUACGGAGGGCUUAUCACGUCUCUCCCUCUUCCCACCACCGCCCGUUGGUGUACCCAUUAGUCCGUUCGAGGCAAGCUUGGACUUUACCGCGAAUGCCGGCUCAAGUUACCUUGCGACACCUCCCGACACCCCGAAAGCUCACACUCGCAUGGUGGACGUUGUUGAUGUCGAAUCUCCCCCUUCGCCUCAUAGGGCAGACUCUAUCUCUUCUGCAGGUACUGCCCUGUCUUCCUCCACGGGCAGGCCCGCAUUCAUUGGUCGGCGUCAGUUGCCGUCACCUCCAGGAUCGUCGCCCCUUCUGACUCCAACCUAUCCCACAUUCUCUUCGGUCGGGGCUGCCUCGCAAUUGCCGACACCUCACGACUGGCAUGACGGAUCAUCUAGUAUUGGCUUGGAUGGGUACGCGGACAGGAUGCUGUCCACACAGUUCCUCACAGAGCUUCUCACUUCGGACACGCAAGACCAUGGGGAAGCCCUACCACGGUACAAGCGUGAUCCAUACGAGGCAUCUGUCAUCAGCGACAUGUUCAGCGCGGAGUCUGUCGUGACCUACCCACCGAGACGAGUGUUUCCAGAUUCUAUACCCCGCACGCCUCAAUUUCCGCCGCACGCCCCAAAUAGCGACAUAUCUCGAUCACCAACUGUUCUCUCAGGUCCAUCAUUGCUAUCUGUUCCCUCUCAGUCACAUGAGAAUACCGCUGGUCGCUCUACGCCUACAUCUGACCAGGCGUUUCAGUCUGAUACAGGACAUUCCUACACGGGGAGCAGUGACCCUUCUGUUAUACAAAAUGCCACCUAUACACAAGUAGGUGCCGUGGGCGUGGCAGUUGCAUCGACUCGUUCAAUGUCGACAACUGCGCCUAGUCUUCACUCAAUGAACAGCACGACGCCACUGGUCAAGCAGUUUCCUCGGCGCGAAACAAUACAAGAAGAUGACAGAGAGGAUGACUAUUCACCGGGGCCCUCUACCCCAGGGGGUAGGCAGAAACGAGAGCGUCGACAAUCGGCGUAUUCAAGCAAGACUUCGAAAAGCUACGUUUCUUCCUUCGUUUCACGUUUAUCACAUUCCACUGGCGGUGAGCGAAGGUCAUUGAAGGCGGCGGCACAGUGGUUUCGUAAGAAACCCCUUCCCCCGGUACCUAGGCUUCCAGAUCUCUCACUUGUCCAGGAGGUCGAACAUCGGAAGGCUGAAGCGGCACUUCCACUGCCUGACCUUCUCAAUCGCGCGCGUACAUUGCAACAGAUGCUGGACAGAGGACAUCGGCCGUAUCAGAGUCAAAGCAAUAUUUCCUUUUCGCGUGGUAUGGGGACCGAAUCUGAGGCGACAGCUGGUGUCGAAAAUUUUUACGUUGGAGAAGUACGCAACAGCGGUGCUGUCGCAGCUGGUUUCAUGCACUCCGCUCAUGGCCGCAGGACUCGCUCUCAAGAUUUAAGGCAGUCCCAAUGGGGUGUCCCUCCAGAUACCCCUCCUUCAAGGUCCAAAGGCUUUGUGCUCUCAGGAAAGAAGAAGCUAUGGAUCAUCAUAGGUGCAGUCAUCGCAGUCGCCGUCAUUGUCAUUGCGGUAGCUGUGGGCGUCACAGUUGGGAAGAAAAAGGCAUCUGGACCUGUCUGCACGGGUAACUUGACUGGGGCCGCUUGCAGUCUCGAUGCCACUUGCGUGUGUACAUCGACGAUCGCUGGGCAGUGUAAUCAAGUUGCUCAGAGCCUAGUCGACUUAGUGCCAACUUUGAACGCUCAGUUUGGCGCAGAUUACACCCCGGCGUCUUUGGCUACAUCUAUCUGGCAGGCUCAGGGUGCUCCUGGCGAUGACUGUUCGAAACAAGCCCUCCUUGUUGACGUGGCUCCUGGAUUAAAUGCCACAACAGCAUCGAAUAGGGCAAAGUGGGCUCAGGCCGCGCUGCUCUGGAACCUUGUUCAGUCUGGGAACCUUGCAGACGUAGCGCAACUUCAGGAAUUUGUAGUCAAAGCGCCGUGGAACUCGCUAGGCAGUUCUGAUGGACCAACUUCCGAUUCCUCAUCACGGUUCACGACAACAGUUUCGGGUUUUCAGUUCAACUUCGCUGGUCAGACAGUGACCCCGCCAUCUGUAACGUUUGUUGACGUCGGACAGCCCAGUCAAGAACAGAUUGGACGGACGAAUGGUGUCUCUCGCGCUGCAUUGGACAGAAUGUACACCUUUGCGUCAGCGUCCUCGACUCAACAUCAGAAGGCACUAUCCAAUUACUGGACAGCCGUUCUACAGCAAAAGCCAGAGAAUUUGAACUCAUUCCUUUCACUAGUCAGCGGCUCACCCAUUCUACUCCCAUUUGAUGCCACUUCUUCGCCUGGUACUCAUCCAGUCAGCGAUCUCAUGACCAACACGAGCACAUUACCUUUCCCACCUCCCCUUUCUUGCUAUGCAGGUUUGGCGUCAAGUCAAUUGCAAGCCAUUAACACCUUCGAGUCAACUGUGUUCGACUUACCUUCAGCUUCGUCGGCCUCGCAGUUUGAUACUUCAUGCUUUCCCAAUCGGCCAAUAUAUGGCAUAUUGAAUGUUCUUCGACUGCGUUUGCCAUUCGCAGACUCGCGAACGAGCGUAGCCAAACAAGCUGCCAUUUUAAGCCGCGAUGCAUCUUCACGAGCUAUCGUCUAUAGCGGCGAAGUCCUGAGUGCACUCUCUGGUGGAAGCAAUUCGACCAAUAUCACCUCCGCCGUCACAGAUCCUCGUCAGUUUGGUACUUUGAACAACCUUAAUCAUGUUGUCCUGAAGUAUCUCACGUCGAUCACGGACGUGAAUGUUGCUAUCUCGCUCGUCAAAUUCGUCCUCUCUUCAUCCGCAGUGCCUCCUAACAGCAACAGUGCCGUGUUCUCAGCAUUAUCGUCGUUACCAGCGAUUGAAGUCGCUGUACUUGGGACAGUACUCCCCUUAGACAUUGCCUCGACGGUUUCCGCCUUCUCUACGCCUUCAGGAUCGCUCUUCUUUGGCAGUGACCAGUCAUUAUCCUUGAGGGAUUGGACUAUCAAUGCUGUGCAAUCAUCCAUUGCAUGGACAGAACGUUCGUCGUCGCCUGAGGUUGUACGCGAUAACUCCUUUUCUGACGACACGUUCCGCCAAGUCUGGCAGCCGGCUUUCAACUUUCUUCAUUUUCGUAACAAUGCCAACGUCAAUGUUGGCAACAUCACGGCCGCGUUUCAGGCACUGCAGAAGUUCGCUCCAUGAUGCCAUCGUAUCCCUGUUUUCGUCUCGCUCUGGUCACUGCGUGCACCAGGAUACUCAUCCGUCUGCUGAUCUUCUCCAUUUGGUUUAUUUUUCUUGCUCUGUUUUAUUAUUCGUAUCGUAUUGGAUUGGAUGGAUGGGACAAUAUUCUGUUGCAGCUCUUCGCACAUGCUAUCAUUUUUUUGAAUCUAUGCUCCUCACCCUUCCAUUGUACUAUAUCUCUCUAGCACACGUUAGACACCUUAAUUUCAUUCCGGGACAUGCUUGCUAUCAUGCGUAUCUUCCUCUCAUAUUUUGAAACCGGCUUAUGGGAGAAACCAGAUGACGUAACAGCCCGAUUUGGUGCCAGUCCUGCCUCAAAAAGAAUGUCCGCCUGAAACGUCUAGGCUUAGCUAUUUUGUCUGUCUACAUAAGCUGGCUACAUUCAAACUUGGACACACAUUCCUGAGGCCAUAUAAACUCUUGCCAAUAAC